GGGGCAUUCUCAGAUUUCUCGGUUUCUCCCAGCCGAGUCCGCGGUGCCGCUUCCACAUCACGGCAGACAGCAAACCGAGACGACGACGACGACAUGCGCCGAGCGUGCUACAACCCUGCAGCCACCCCAAACGGACUGUGUUGUACCAAAUCCUCCUAACCCAAAACAAGGUGAUGAGAUUCGAUCCUGAGGGAAUGCUGAGAUGACCUGCAUGACAUUGCUUUUCUCAAGAGAUCAUUCUCCAAUCAAAAGAGCGGGGGGAAAUCUCACCGGGACAUGGUUGGCAGGUUCACAUGAUGGACAGGUGAUGGAGUCUUCCAUCAUCUUUCUCCACCAGUGAUUCGGGCAGCCAGCCUUCCCUCUAAGGCGCAAGUGUGUACCAGCGGUCCAAGGCCCCCUAUUUCUCUGCCAUGGUGACAUAAGCAGCGCUGCAAUAUGAGGGAGAGCCAAAGUGAGACCGUCUCAUUUCUUUCUCCAGUAGCUGCUGCAGCUGCUCCCUUGACGCCGUUUGUGUUUAACUCAAUAGAAAGACUGAGUUUGUUGUGAGGUACCCCUGCUCGCUGUUUUCUACCCUCACCGAGAUAGACUGUCCCCGUGUUGCUGGGCUGGUGGGGCGGAGUGGUGUGGCGUGAGACGAUGCUGGGAUGCGUGACACGCCUCCGUCGGCUGGUCCGUCUCCUCCCUCUGCAGACCUCCCUCCUCCUCCUCUUCCUCUUUUGCACCGUGAGUGUCUUCAUCUCUGCCUACUUCCUCUAUGGCGUCAAGCGGGAGUUGGAGCCGUCGGGAGGGGGCGUGUCGGGGGCAGAGGGAGCCUCCGCCGACUCCGACGACCCCAGGGUCACUCCGUCACGCCUACUUCCUCUGCGGGGCGUCCCGGGGGGUCCGGGGGCGGACCCUGGAGGGGCCAGGACAGAUCCUGUGGUUCUGGUGUUUGUGGAAAGCCAGUAUUCUCAACUGGGUCAGGAGAUUGUGGCCAUCUUGGAGUCUGGCCGCUUCAGGUACCGGACUGAAAUCUCCCCCGGUAAAGGGGACAUGCCCACACUGACGGACAAAGAGAGGGGGCGUUUCACUCUGGUGAUUUAUGAGAACAUUCUCAAGUAUGUUAACUUGGACGCCUGGAACCGAGAGCUGCUGGACAAGUACUGCGUGGAAUAUGGAGUGGGCAUCAUUGGCUUCUUCAAGGCCAAUGAAAACAGUCUGCUCAGUGCACAGCUGAAGGGCUUCCCCCUCUUCCUUCACUCCAACUUGGGUCUGAAGGACUGCACUGUCAACCCCAAGUCCCCCCUGCUCUUCAUCACUCGAUCCGGGCAGCCCCUGCCAGGUCCCCUCCCCGGGGAUGACUGGACUGUCUUCCAAUCCAACCACUCAACAUACGAGCCUGUGUUGCUGGCCAAGACCCAAUCAGCUGACAGCGUGGCAUCAAUGGGGCAGAACGCUGCUCUGCUCCCGUCUGUGGUGCAGGACCUGGGGCUCCAUGACGGCAUCCAGAGGGUCCUGUUCGGCAACAACUUGGUCUUCUGGUUGCACAAGCUGGUGUUCGUGGACGCUGUGGCCUUUCUGACGGGGAAGAGGCUCUCGUUGUCCCUGGAGCGCUACGUCCUGGUGGAUAUAGACGACAUCUUUGUGGGCAAAGAGGGCACACGCAUGAAGGUGCCUGAUGUGAAGGCCCUGCUGGAGACUCAAAGGGAGCUGCGCACCCAUGUGCCCAACUUCACCUUCAAUCUGGGCUACUCAGGGAAAUUCUUUCACGCUGGAUCUGAUGAGGAGGACCUGGGAGACGACCUGCUGCUUUCCUACGUGAAGGAGUUCUGGUGGUUUCCUCACAUGUGGAGCCACAUGCAGCCCCAUCUUUUCCACAACCAGUCCGUUUUGGCUGAGCAGAUGUUGCUCAACAAGAGAUUUGCCAUGGAGCAUGGGAUCCCCACCAACAUGGGCUAUGCGGUGGCGCCCCACCACUCUGGCGUCUACCCUGUUCAUUUGCAGCUGUACGACGCCUGGAAGAAGGUGUGGGGCAUCAAGGUGACCAGCACGGAGGAAUACCCCCACCUGAAGCCCGCCCGCUUCCGCAGAGGUUUCAUCCACAGCGGCAUUAGCGUGCUGCCCAGGCAGACGUGUGGUCUUUUCACACACACCAUCUUCUACAAAGACUACCCAGGCAGCCCGAACGAACUGGACAAGCUCAUCAAUGGAGGAGAGCUCUUCCUCACUGUUUUACUGAACCCUAUUAGUAUCUUCAUGACCCAUCUGUCAAACUACGGGAACGAUCGGCUCGGCCUGUACACCUUUAAGAGCCUGGUGAUGUUCCUCCAGACGUGGACCAACCUGAAGAUACAGACCCUGCCCCCCAUCCAGCUGGCCCAGAAGUACUUCAGCCUGUUCCCCUCUGAGAGGGAUCCACUCUGGCAGGAUCCCUGUGAGGACAAAAGGCACAAGGACAUCUGGUCCAAAGAGAAAACAUGUGACCGCUUCCCCAAACUGCUCGUCAUCGGGCCUCAGAAGACAGGGACGACAGCUCUCUACUUGUUUCUUGGCAUGCACCCGGACCUGACCAGUAACUAUCCAAGCAAGGAGACCUUUGAGGAGAUCCAGUUCUUCAAUGGGCACAACUACCACAGAGGCAUUGACUGGUACAUGGAGUACUUUCCUCUGCCCUCCAACACUAGUUCAGACUAUUACUUUGAGAAGAGUGCCAACUACUUUGACUCGGAGGUGGCUGCUCAAAGGGCCGCAGCUCUCCUGCCCAAAGCCAAGAUCAUCACCAUCCUCAUCAACCCGGCGGACAGAGCUUACUCUUGGUACCAGCACCAAAGAGCCCACGAUGACCCGGUGGCGUUGAAAUACUCCUUCCGCGACGUCAUCACCGCAAGCCACGAGUCUCCAGUCAAACUGCGGGUCCUUCAGAAUCGCUGUCUGGUGCCAGGCUGGUACGCCAUCCACCUGGAGCGCUGGCUCAACCACUACCACUCCAGCCAGUUGUUAGUCUUGGAUGGGCAGAUGCUGAAGACUGAGCCCGCUUCAAUCAUGGAUAAAAUCCAGAAGUAUCUGUCCCUGGUCAACGUCAUCAACUACCACAAGAUCCUAGCGUUCGACCCUAAGAAAGGAUUUUGGUGUCAGCUGCUGGAGGGAGGGAAGACCAAAUGUUUAGGAAAGAGUAAAGGUCGCAGGUACCCUGACAUGGACCCUGAGUCCCAGGGCUUCCUCAGGGAGUACUAUAGGGAUCACAACAUUGAGCUGUCCAAGCUGCUCUACAGGAUGGGUCAGCCGCUGCCCAGCUGGCUCAGAGAAGAGCUGGUCCACACCAGGUAGCAGCACCCCAGGGGGAGACCACAGCUCCACACUGAACUCCACCCUGCCAAAGGGACUCUGGUCAAGUGGCCUGCAAUGUUGAAGAUCCCCAAAUAGUUUUGAAAGAGUCUGAAAUAUGUCAAAAUGUAAGGAUGGGAUGCCCAACCAGAACUCAAAUCUUAACUGUGAUCUUCCCAAGUGGAUGAUGAGCAGGAAGAGAGCGUUGUCGCUUUGCGCAGCUGAUGGCGCUCCUCUCUCCCCGGGCAUCGAGAAGCUGUUGCUCCCCUGCAGGACACACCAGGAGCAUGGACACCUGAAAGAUGGCCACCGCCGUGUCCUGCAGAAGAAGGAAAGGCUCAGCGAUGCACAGGAGGGACCUUCAGUGUUUGAUAAUCACAUCCCUGCUCUACUCAAACCUCUUCUUCGCAUGAAAAUCAAAGAAAGGAGAAAAAUAUAGGUGGAAGAGAUGAACACAAAAUCACCCUUGUCUCCAGCUAUGAGUUGUGGUGUGUUUGGAUUAAAACAGGCAACAUAACAUUGACUUUAAUAGUUGACAGCCUGACCGACAGAGAGACAUUGAUUCCAAAUGCCUUUGACAUAAGUAAGUGUUUGUUUGAGAGGAGAACGGGACAUCUGGAGUCUUGAAUCAGGCUGCAUGUUGUAGCCUUACUCAAUAGGCCUUGGUAGAAUCUAGUUAUUGCAUUUACAAGUGCCAGGACAGAUCAGAAUAUCACCACAUGGACGAUUGGGGCUUAUUUUUCUUUGCAACGUUUUUUUUCUUUUCAUUUCUCAGAUUUUGUUUUAACAUUUCUACAAUGCUGACUGCAAUGCAUUAUUAUAGAAUGUACCAAAACUAAAUCUUAGCUCAGUUUUCUCAUAUAGGACAGAUGUACUGAAGACUGGUUUGUUAAACUGUUCGGCCUUUUGUAGUCAGUUCCAUGACCGUUAAAUUGGCUCAAGCAGGAACAGUUUAGAUGUUGAAAGCACAAUAUUUAAGGAACAUCGAUUCUAAACAUACAGGUUACUGGAAAGCACAUUUAUAAAAAGGAUCCUACUACAACAUGUGAAGAAGAUCUUAAGCUAGCUACUGUAUGUUUAAUAACACUCUGGUCAGAUAGUGUACAGAACAAGGUUGUGCAUUUCAAAUCCUUUUUCAGCAUUUGAUACUUUUAAUUUGUAUUUUACAUCAGAACUGUAUAUUUUGUUUCAUUUCAUUUAUUAGAUGAGUUUUUAAGAUUGGGGGAAAGAAGCUGUCUCUGGGAAAAGUUGCCAGGCGAACCAACAGUAUGCCCAGUGAGACCAUACAGACGUUUGGUUGUCGAUCGAGGUGUUACCACUGCAACUAGAUGUCAAGCAUAGAUAACAAAAAGCUGCUCUUAUUGCAAUAGUUUUGUACAAUGUUCUGAUGUAAUAAUGCACAUGGUGGUCCUUUAUUUCCUGACUUUGUAAUGUACAUAGUAUACGCAACCUUCAGUAGACCUAAAUUAUUGAAUGUGUUUGGGUUUACACUCUCCAUCAGCCCAUUCCCAUAGUGUGAAAUGUCAGUGCUGUACUGAGGGGAGUUUGGAUGACGUCAUCAUGCGGAGGUGUGUCGCUAAGAUUGUUUCCUCUCAUUCCUCUCACUGCCAACCAUUGUACACAGGUACUGAGUCUCUCCAUAUAAAGUAUUAAGUGAUAACACAUAACAGCAAUGAUGGUACUAAUCUCCUGGACUGUAUGAUAAAGAUUUGUAAUUGUUGUCAAUAAUUUUUACAGUGUAACUAAUAUUGUCGGUGCUUUUUAAUUUGCAAAUAAAACACCACUGUAUUUUUCAAUAUA